AUGACCGCGUGCUCGCUGCUCGACCUCUCCCCCAUUCCCGAAGGCGGCGACGCCGCGCUGGCGCUGCGCAACACGGCGGACCUGGCGCGGCACGCCGAGCGCUGGGGGUACCGGCGCUUCUGGCUGGCCGAGCACCACAACAUGCCGGGCAUCGCGAGCGCCGCGACCGCGGUGGUCAUCGGGCACGUGGCCGCCGCCACGUCGACGAUCCGCGUGGGCGCCGGCGGAAUCAUGCUGCCGAACCACGCGCCGCUGGUGAUCGCGGAGCAGUUCGGCACCCUGGCCACGCUCUUUCCCGGGCGCAUCGACCUCGGCCUGGGGCGCGCGCCGGGCACCGACCAGACCACCAGCCGCGCCCUGCGCCGGAAUCUCGAGGGCGACGUCGACGCGUUUCCCGCGACGUCGUCGAGCUGCAGCACUACUUCGAGGCCCGGAGCCCGGCCAGCGCGUGCGCGCGGUGCCCGGGGCGGGGCUCGACGUCCCCUCUGGAUCCUGGGAUCGAGCCUGUUCGGCGCGCACCUCGCGGCGGCGCUGGGACUGCCCUACGCCUUCGCCUCGCACUUCGCGCCCGCCCUGCUGAUGGAGGCCAUCGCGACCUACCGGUCGCGAUUCGCGCCGUCGGCGCACUGCCGGAAGCCGUACGUCAUGGCCGGCCUCAACGUCUUCGCGGCCGACACCGCCGAGGAGGCGCGCCUGCUGCGCACGUCCGCGCAGCAGUCCAUUCUCAGCCUGCGCCGCGGCAUGCCGGGCCGGCUGCCGCCCCCGGUGGAGCACUUCGAGACGCGGCUGUCCCCGGUCGAGCGUCAGAUUCUGGAGCAGGUGCAGUCGUGCUCGGUGGUCGGAGCGCCCGGCGCAAUCCGAACCGGAGUGGCGGAGUUCGUGGAACGCACCGGCGCGGACGAAGUCAUGAUCGUCAGCCACAUCUACGAUCACGACGCACGGCUGCGCUCGCUGGAGAUCGCGGCGGAGCAGGUGAUCGCCGACCCGAUCGGCGUCUGA